AUGGUUAGUACUACUACUAUUCAACCAGCUACUGUAUUCGCAUGGUUUAUGCUCAUGAUAAAUCUUCGACGUGUUGUAUUACUUAUUAUUGCUACUAUUAUAGGACGUAAUAAACCUUUUCCAUCAGGUUCUCGAGUUCCAGAAGAUAAAAUACUGAGAAAAUGUCAAGUAGAACCAAUGACAACUGGAAUUAAUCAUACUGCUUUUACUAAAGAUAUACGUAUUUAUAAAACGAUUAGUAAUGAUGCAGAAAAUGAUGUGUAUUUUAUAAUUAUUCUACUAACGACAGCUCUUUAUAUUGAUACCGUAAGUGGUGAUUGUACAAGAACAAUUAUUUAUGGUGCCAUUUAUUUAUUUUUUCGUAUACUGUAUGCUAUAGCAUAUAUUAUGGCAUUACAACCAUUUCGAUCAAUUGCAUUUUUUUUGAGUUUAGCUUGCACAUUAGCUUGUAAUUUAGAUUUAGUCAUUACAAUAUCACGUCGAUCAAAUUGA